AUGGAAUUAUCCGUAUAUGGCCUGCUUCAUCUUGCAUUGAAUGCAUUGCAUUGUCCAGACGUACUAGUUGUAUCAGUUUUCUCAUGUAAAGCUUGUACACUACCUAACCUUUGUAUUAUUAUAUUAAAGUGUUACAGAUGUAAACACAAUUCGGCUGUUGAGAAGCUAAGGGAAAGGCUUGCAAAUGGCCCAGACUUGUCAGACUUUAUACAAGAAAAGGAGAAAAAUGAUAAAGAAGUUGACUGGAGUACAUACAAUGGACGAUUGAAACGUAACCAAGGAGACAGUACCAGAUUGAGAUUGCCACCUUGGCUGAAAACCGAAAUUCCACAAGGCAAAAAUUUCUCUCGAAUCAAGGAGCAGUUGAGAGACUUGAAUCUGCACACAGUAUGCGAAGAGGCCCGCUGCCCGAAUAUUGGUGAAUGCUGGGGAGGAGGCCAACAUGGAACAGCAACUGCUACCAUUAUGCUGCUGGGCGAUACAUGCACACGAGGCUGCCGCUUCUGUUCGAUCAAAACGUCGCGCGCACCACCGCCACCCGAUCGCGACGAACCGACCAAAACUGCGGCAGCGAUCGUGUCGUGGGGCCUCGACUAUGUCGUGCUCACAUCCGUCGAUCGUGACGACUUACCUGACGGAGGCGCGAGACAUUUCGCCGACACCGUGCAAGAGAUUAAGCGUCGCAACGCGCGCAUCCUGGUCGAGUGUCUGGUGCCUGACUUUGGCGGCAACGUCGACUGUGUGAAGACAAUCGUCGACUCCAAGCUGGACGUGUACGCGCACAACGUGGAAACGGUGGAGGCGCUCACUCCCUUUGUCAGGGAUCAUCGUGCCAAGUAUUGGCAAACAAUGAAAGUGUUGAAAGCAGCCAAAGAGUACAACCCAGACCUCAUUACCAAGUCAUCAAUCAUGUUGGGUCUGGGAGAAACAGAUGAGGAAGUCCAUCAAACUAUGAAAGACUUACGUGAUCACGGCGUGGACUGCGUGACGUUGGGCCAAUACAUGCAGCCGACCAAGAAACACCUGAAAGUGGUCGAAUACGUGACCCCCGACAAAUUCAAGCACUGGGAAACCGUAGGCAACGAAUUGGGAUUUCUGUACACGGCCAGUGGACCACUGGUUCGUAGCUCCUACAAGGCUGGGGAGUUCUUCAUUUCCAGCAUUAUUAAGAACAGAAAAGCAAACAAAGCCUAGUUCAAAUAUUGGUAGUGAACGAAUUAUGUAAAUAAAUGGGUACUACUUAUUACAAGAAUGUUUUAACAAGGUAUAAAAAGAGGGAAAUUAGUUGAUAUUGUAUAAAAUGUAGGUUACUGUUGAUAGAUGAAUAAUUCUACUUGUAUAGAUGGGGAAUCCGAUAUCACUUGCUGUCAAAUAUACAAAAUCAGUAGAAAUCAAUUUUUAGAAAUAUAUUUCACACCUAAGGAAGAGGUUCAUCAGCCUUUCCUCAACCAGUCAUUUCUUGUAAAUCACAUCCUUCUACCUUGAAUAUGAAAAACAAAAAUCUACUUGUCUUUUUUCUUUUAACUACUGUCUUUUGUCUUUUGGCUACUUUUAAUAUAAAUAUAUAAAUCUCAGUACCCUUUUAAUUUAUUUUGCACGACAUGAUUCAGCUAUUAAUGAGAUUUAUAUUUUUAUUUAUGUAAAAAUCUGCUUGUAUAGAUGCUCUAACAUGUUGUAAAAAGAGGGAAAAUCAGUUAAUUAUGGAAAUCAUGUACUGUUAAUAGAUGAAUCCUAUUUAUUUGUAUAGAUGCUUCAACAUGUGAAAUAAAAAGAGGGAAAUAUUAUGAAUUUAUGUAAAGUAAAUGCAGUCGAACCUCUGUAUAACGAAUUCGAUUAUCCCGAGAAAAAAUUCGCUGCCGAGAGGUAUUCGUUAUUGAGAGGUUCUGUCAAGAAAACUGCCACCAUCCUAUGGAUCUUAUAAUAUCGUAUCACGGCGGUAAAUAAAUGAAUAUGGUACAUAGAACAUAUCAUCGCGAACGUAGGUAGGGUACAUAUUAGGCAAAUAUUAAUAUGGAAAUUUGAAAAUUCAUGCUGUUGAAAAAAAACAUGUUUUUUGAAUAUUUGUAGAACGUAAUAAGUAAAUUCACCAAUUUAUUUCCAGAAAGCUUGAUUUGUACUAUUAGUGGAGUUUAAUCAAAGUACAUACUCUGUAGCAAUAUUUUUCAACUUUUUACACUACUAUUAGAUGCAAAUACGGUUAUUUUGUCAAUAACUUCACUAUAAAUACUAUAAUAACUCAAAAAAAUUUCCUAUUUUUUGUUUUAUAUUUGAAAAAGUGAGUAAUAUCGGUUGAAUUUUGCAUUUGAAUAAUACAUCAUGUACGAUAAACGACUCACAUAUUAUAUUCAAACAGUCGGACAUGUCUGGUACACUAUUUUUCAGUUUUAAUCCUUGCCUGAUAAUUUUGAAAGCCUCUAGAACUUCUUGAUCUGACGGAUUCUUCUCCUCUGGUUCGUCACAGUCAUCAUCAUCAUCAUAGUCAGUUCAAAGAAUUGAAAUGUGUGUCAAAAGCAAGAAUGGGAAAGUCCAGUCGUUCACCUGCCUGGUCUACAAUAAUGACAAGCUCUUGGAAUUCAAUUUCCAGUAACUUGCAUUCAAUUUCCGACAUGUGUUUCACCCUCUUUUGACUGUCUACCACUCUAUCUUCUUCCUAACUGUAUUGCCAUUAUUUUUAGUCUAUUGACCUUUCUGCUGAAACUAAAGAAUUCCUUGAAAAUGACCGUCUGCUUCCUAUACACACUACACUUUGUAUGUUGAAGUCAAGAGAAAACUUUGUUGUUGAGAGGUCCGAAAUUCGUUAAAUAGAGGUAAAUAAGUACAUAAAUUCAUGCACUGUAAAUAGAUGGAUUCUACUUGUAUAAAUGCAAUAUGAUGUAAAGACAUGAUAAAAUAUUAGUAA